AUGUCCGCCGAAAGACCCACCGGAAUCCAGACUACGGCACUAGUGACAGGGUCAUUCCUGUCCGGCGCCAUGAUGUCUCUCUCGUUCAUCGCAGUCCCCGUUCUGCUGGAAACGACCAGGGACGCGCCGCAGCUUCUCACCGCCUGGACACGCACAUACCAUUACGGUCACCUUGCCCUGCCGACCAUGAGCGUCGGGACAUUCCUCCUUUACAUUUACGCGGCUAGGGCAUCGAAGAAGGGCAAAGGCCGGUCGAGGGGUAUCCUCGCUGCAGCGGGCGUGGCGACGGUAGCUAUGGUGCCGUUCACGUGGGCCUUCAUGUUGCCCACGAACGACGAGUUGUUCCGCUUGCAAGCGGCCAGCGUCACGGAGCCGGGGGUUGCUGGUUUCGAUGCGGUGCGCGAGAUGGUAACUUCUUGGAGUUGGAUGCACGUAAUGCGGUCUCUGAUGCCGCUGGUCGGGGCUAUCUUGGGUGCGAGUGCAAUUUUGGCGGGCUAG